CUGUCUCCGUCGAUUACUUUUUUUUGCCACUUUUUAGCUCUACUCUGCUUUCCUCUUCUCUUCUGUUACACAGAGACAGUGUUUGGGACAAUUUUUUGUUCCGUUGUAGUGAAACUUGGGUUGGGCAGCUAUUGGCACCCGGCCGUUGUGUGGGCGUACCUGGCGCUUCUGGACGAAACUAAGACUUUGGCUAAAAUUAUUGGAAAAUAGACAGUAGUACAUGUGCAGUUGUUAUUGAUUUUCAGCCUAUAUAGGAGCAUUGGUAACUGUACCGGUUGAUUGCUUUGAAUAUAUGGCGAAUGAUUUUGCCUUUAUGACUCGCUGUAGAGCACCUGAGCGGAUGGACGCCACCUUAAUGUCAACGGCUGGCUUGUCCCACCUUGGCUCAACAUACUUCACCCUUACACACUUAUUAAUACCAUAAAUUCGACAUGUGUAUUGCUCUAUUUACUACGGCACACCCCGAUUAUAGCUUAAUAUGCAUCGAUAAUCGGGAUGAAUACAUUUUACGCCCAACAUCAAGACCGCAUUGGUGGACACAUCCUGUUACUGGCAAGCAGAUACUAUCCUCGCGAGAUCUGCACAGAGCUGAGCAGGGCACGUGGAUUGGUGUAAACAAGCAGGGUGACUUUGCCGUGUUGACAAACUACAGAGAAUCGGCACUGGAUGAUGUCGAUCAGAAUAUAUCUGGCAUCAAGAGCAGAGGCGGCAUGGUGACGUCGUGGGUAGGAGGGCUCGCGGAUAAUGGCGUCGCGCAGGGUGUCGACACCAUGGUGCAUGAUGACAGAGUCAAGGGUGUUGGAGGCUUCUCCAUGACUUGUGGCAAGCUUCGUAAGAAGGACACAGAAGGGGUCGCUAUUAUCAGCAACCGUGCCACAUCCGCGGGUGAUGUACCGAUAGUUGGCCGAGCGCGGGGUGAGACGUGGGGUCUCAGCAACACCACCUUUGCCGACCCAAACCACUGGCCAAAGAUAUCUAUGGGCCGAGAGCUGUUAAAGACUACGAUUGAAGAGGCUAUCAGUAAAAAGCAUUCCCCGGAAGAGCUUGUUGAAGCGCUCUUCAAGCUGCUGGACCAUGAUACGCUACCAGUUCUUGGUGACGAUGCGCCAUUAGUGGAAUAUUUAAACAAGCUUCGACAUAGCAUAUAUGUUCCCGCUGUCGGGGGAUCGAAACAAAAGCAGGAAAUGGCCGAGGCGAGAUCACGGGGUCGACAAGAAUGGGAUACAGCUGGUUCAACAUCAACCAUGGAAGCAUCGGCCUCAGGAAGCACCGCAUUCGAUACUGGUAUGUAUGGGACGCAGAGACAAACCGUGAUACUGGUGGAUUUGGAUGGAAAUGUAACAUUUUCGGAAAGGGCGCUCUAUGAUCCUAACGGCAAUGAGAUUCCCCGUGGAGAAGGCGAUGUCCAUGUUCGAUUCAGAAUAGACAACUGGGAUAAAUGGGGGCACGAAUUGAUACAAUAGGAAAGAUAAUAUUACUAGGAGUUAAAUAAUUUAUGAUUUGCUUUU